UGCAGGUCCCUGUUCCCAUCUGACCCACUGGGGCUGAGCUGAGAGCUGCUCUGCAGCUCCUUGAGGCUGUGGGGGCUCUCCUGGGACCCUGCACUCUCAAAGGCACAGAACUGAACCCUUUUACCCAGCUAGCUUGAAAGAAAGUGGAUUUCCACCGUCCCUGAGGCCGUGGGGCAGCGGCAGCAGACCUCACUGAGAAAAGAACUGCAGGAAAUCCUCUGGUUCCCAGGUGUGCCACACCUGGCACAGCUUUCCCCGGGGUGCGAGGAUGGGCAGCGGGAACAGCACCGAGCUCCCACCCUGGGGCUUCUCCUUUUGUCUGAAGUCCCUCCUCCGUCCCCUUUUGCGGGGACAGAGGGACAGCGGAGGGACGGGUGACAAAGGCGAGUUUUGGCCGCAGGGGACACGGCAGCGGGGACAGCUCCGGUAGAUGGCACACGGGGCCAGCGCUCCGAAACCCGACACUGGCAGACACUCCCCGAGAGCCAGGGGCCGAGCAGGAACCAGGAAAUACAAGCUGAGCCUGCCCGGAGAGCUCGGGAUCGGCGGGGAAGGAGGGAGCGACAUGGGCAACCUGUGCGGCUGCGGCUGGCGCUGGAAGUGUCCUUCACCUUUCAAGAGGAAGAAGGAGAAGCAAGGAGCUAAUGUGAGGCAUGAGGCUCAACAGCAGCAGCCUGGCAGGAAGGCUGUGCCAGGCCCUGUCCCCACGUGUGAAGAUGUCCCAGAGGUGCCUGUGUAUGCCACGCUGAGCAGGCCCAGGGCCGCGCAGCAGGAGGACAGCAUCCACUACGCCGACAUCCAGGUGUUCUCCAGGGCAGGGCAGCGCUCGGCGGCCGAGCUGAGGAGCCUGCAGCUGCAGAACGCCACCGAGUACGCCACCCUCAACUUCCCCAGGGCCAGGCUCAAGUACGACAGCAAAAACGGGACCUUGGUCUGAAAGACUCCGUGGCCUCGUCCUCGUCUUUCGGCAGGAAAAGGAGGUCGCAGCUGUCGGCGCAAGGAAACCUCGUGGGCACGGCUGGGAGUUGGGAGAGGUGUGUGUCCCACCUCAGACAUUCUCACUGAGGAGAUUCCCCUCUGAUUGUGCUGGGAAAAAACGCCUGCUCCCCUCGGGAGAGCUGCCCCUGGAGCUGGCAGCCAGCUCCUGCCAGCCCUGCCAGAGCUGCUGGAGGCUCAGGGCUGCAGGCAGAGAAUCCCUGCUGGGGCACAGCUCCAGCCUUGGGAAUGCUGCUCUGGGAAUCCAGGAGUUCAGCACUGAAGGGAGGUUUUGCUGCUGCCUCUGGGAAUCCAGGAAUUCAGCACUAAGGGGCACAGCACCUGGCAGCCAGAAAUGCAGAAUUGGGAGGGUGCAGAAUGAUUUCUGUCACUGAUGGGCUGUUCAGAGGUGCAUCCUCAUUCCCCUGUGCAAACAAGCGAGGACAGAGCUCCUGGCUGGGACUGGAAGUGAAACCAGGAGAAAUUGCAGUUUAGUUUAGCUGCAGAUCACUGCCUCUGUUUAGGGCACUUCUCCGAGUCCAGCAGCUGCCUGGGAUACUGGGAAUGAACCCUGGGCAGCUGCAGAGAAGACUUUGCACUUUGCCUCCACUUUUCCACCAUUUUGUGCUGCCAGCCCUGGUUAUAAACCCCGGUGACACAGAGCACACACCUCGUGGGGCUGACAGCUCCACCUCUCUUUCUGGAUUUGAAAUAGUGUCCACAAUUCAGUGUAGCAAUGGUGCAAACUGGGCAGCACUGGCAGGGCACCAGGGCUCCCCAAACCCCAUCUGCAGGCGCUAAAGCAAGGCCUGGCAUGUUCUGCUCCUCAGUCACGGCCUGCAGAGCAGAUUCUGGGGCAGCCCUGGGCACGUUUGGAGAUGGUUCCUUUUAUAAACACACAGAACUUCGCAGUUUAUAACUCAACAGGGUGGGAAAAGCACGAAGGAGUUCCUGCUCGUGGUGAAAAAUAAAGCUGCUCUUUAUUUUUCUCUGCUGUGUUUGCCAAGGUGGAAGUGUUUGAGGACCAAUCUUCCCAUUUUCCUACGUGUUUUAAUGAGUGCCCGAGCCCCUGGAAUGGUUCUUUAUCUCCCAUUCCCCGAGGAGCUCUGGCUUCCACACCACCCUCGGGGCUGUUCCUGGAAGCACAGCUCAUCCUAGAGACAAUUCCACGCUCCCAUUCCGGUGAUUUUCCCCGGGCUUUCCAUGGGGAAUUGUGGAAUCCACGUGUUCUGCAGUAGAGAUUUUCCUGAAGGACUCUGUUUUGCACUGAAUAUUAAAAUCUCCUGUACUGCCCGCGGUUGCCGUGUGUGCCAAACGAGUGCUGGUG